AUGGGUCCCCCCAAAAGAAAGCAAUCAUCCAAUCUGCCUCUCCGACGCUCUGCACGCCUGAAAGCCCGUCGUACAUGUGAACCCGAUGACUUGCAGCCCAAAGGACCCUCCACUGAGGUCUCAAACAAUGUCCUCACAGCUGCCAAAGAUCGCAUUGCCCGCUACACAGAUCAGAGGCGCCCUCACGAGGACAGCCUGAAACCAGGACUUGCUGCAUUUCUAGCCUGGCUGCCUGACGGCGGCAGGGAGGCGAUCGCGGAAGAUAUAGUUAAUGCAAUCACCGAUGACCAACUCUAUGCGGUCUUCUCAACCCUCUUAACCGCCAUACUCAUACCGAUGAAAACUCGGCCCCAAGUAGGCAGUUUUCCCUCGGUGGAGGCCGUCGCUGAGACUAGAGACCAGCUCACUGAGGAUCAAAUUUGUAUGGAACAUGAUGGCUAUUGCUGCGUAGUUACCGGAGAUCUGAACACAGACACAUGGAAAAAGAGAGGGCACCCGGACAACGUGUACUUUGGGCCCGUGGAGGUGGCACAUAUCAUUCCUCUCUCUUAUGCCUCCUGGCACUAUUCUGUAGAACCGCCACACCAGACCUCUACCGCCUGGGAAGUACUCUGGCGCUGCUUUCCUCGUAUCCGCCAGGCGGGAAUGACAGUCGAAUCCAUCAACAGCCCGAUCUACGGCGGGCAUUAG